AUGGUUAUUUUGGAGAAUUUAAGGAUAUUGAUAUAUUACUUUCAAAAUUUAUUUCAGAAAAAAUUCUAUUGGGAUGUUUCUAUUAGUGAAAGUGAAGUGAAGAGACACUGGUUGGUCAAGGCCGCUAUAAAAUACAGAAAUUUUAUUUCUAAAAUAAAAGGGGGAGGAGUUAGGCCAGGUUUUGUACCUGAGCAUGUUUGGGAAAGAUGGACACAACUUUGGGGAAGUAAUGAGUCCAAGAAAAAGUCAGAAACAAAUGCAAAGAAUCGUCGUGGCGGCCGUGAAGUUGCUACUGGGACUCACACAGGUGGCUCGAUCUCAAUUGGACAGCAUCGCAAGAAACUUGCUAUUGAAAAGGGUCGAGAUCCAACACCAAGUGAGUUACAUUUACACGUCCAUACGCAUGGUCAUGAUGGUAAAUCUUUUGUUGGCGAACGCUCUCGAAUUGUCCAUGUAAGUCCAAAACUUUGAAACCUAUCAGAAUAUAUACAUGUCAUUUCUUAUUAGAAGGGAAAACUUGGCUGAAAA